GAAGCUGUUUGGUACAAAGAGAGAAGCUGGAGUCGCGCAGUUCUAGUAGUUUUACUUCAAACUGCAGUCGAGUUGUUAGAAAGUAACCAGAAUGGAUCCGUUUACUGAGAAACUGUUGGAGCGAACUCGAGCUCGCAGAGAGAACCUCCAGAAGAAACUCGCAGAAAGAACCAAUGCAGCGAACAGACAGGUGGUGAAAAGGCCUCGAGAGCCACUGACUGACACAAACAUUGUGAUCAGCGAGUCUCUUAUUGAUAAAGUGCCCCAGACGUCCACAAAGCCAUCUCCCUCGAAGCGCAAGUGCUCUGGAGAAAAUGUCCAACCUGCAGCUGAUGAAGAGAACCAGGAGCCGGUGAUGCCACAAGCUCCUCUUCUCUCAGAUCCUCCCACAGACAAAAAGCCCCCAGUGGGUCCAGCCAGCAUCCGGCCUUUCUCCUCCUCGGAGAAGACUUCAGGAAAGCCUGUUCUGCAGUCUCAGGCAGUGCAGCUGAAAGCGGAACGCCCAGAACCCGACAAGGUGGCUGUCUGCACUGCUCUUGUUCCUCCAAGCAGAACAGAAGCACAGAUAGGAGCCGCCAAUCCAGCUCCUCAGAGUAACACAGAGGAUCCAGCUCCAUCUGCUGCUGGCAUGAAAUCACGCUUAAAAAACCUGGCAGAGCAGAGGAAGUGCUGGAACACUGACGAUGCUUGUGAUGUACCUUCAGACUGUAUUCCUGUAUCCACGAUAAAGAGACCGUUUGAUGCCCAACCAGCUGCCAGUCCCUCUGUCUCCUCAGAAAUUUCCCUUGGGAGGAGAGGCAGACUGGCCAACCUGGCUGCAACCAUUGGUUCCUGGGAGGAUGAUCUCAGCCAUGCUAAAACCCCCAAAGAGAAAGCAAAGGAGACGCUCGCUGCUUCGUCUAGUCCCAGAUUUACAGUCAGAGGUGCUGCGGCUUCCAGCACUAAACCCAGCGUUUCGGUGACCAGUUCAACCGUGAGGAGCAAGUGCACGGGCAUCUCCAAGCAGCAGGCUGCGUUUUCUCCAAGCCUUCAAAAAGCCGACUUGGUAUCCAGUCCUCAGAAGUGCUCCAACCAGGGCGCGACAGUGUCCUCUAUUCAUCAGAAGACCUCGGUUGAGGAACCGGCCCUCUUAUCUAGUCAGCAGAAGGCCAGCUCCUCCAUGUCAGCGCUUCAAAGUCCCCAAAAACAUCAGGCCCUGUCCAAAGGCCCAAAUGUCUCCUGCAGUCCCCAGAAGCUGGAGCUUUGCGCCAAGCCCAGCUCAUCUGACCUUCCAGCCUCGAGGGAAAAGGUUACUACAGGAGCUUUUGGAGUGAAAUCUUUGCGGGAGCGCAUCAACCAGAGCUCACCUGCUCGAGUCGGAGUACAGACCAGCGCUGCCUCUGUGAGUCCAAACACCAGGUCGGUACAGGAGAGACUCAGAGCUGCCCAGGCUACAAACACAACCACCGCUGACAUCACUAUGAGGCAGAAACUGGAGCGUGAGAGUGAGCUGGCUCAAAUUUGCAGUCGCUUCCAGCAGAGGAGCAAAAUGUGGAAGGACAAAGAAGGAGGAGCGGACACUAAGGAAGAGGUCGUAAAGCCUGUUGAGAGAGAAGUGAUCUCAUCUGAGCCGCCGGAUGAAUUCCCUGCACCAUGUAAGAAAUCUGACGCAGGCGGCGAGUGCGCUCCUUCAGGUCGUCAGCUGAUGAGCUCCCCUCCAGUGUUGACCUCCAGCCCCCUGAAAGUGGCUGUUCACACUACAGAUAAGUUGACUGAAGAGACCCCAGAGGAGAAAAGAGAAGAAAACGUGGAUCAGUCUGUCAAUUCUACCGUCAUCAACGAGCUGUUUGGAGAUCUAGAACAGAGUGAAGAUCCCAGCGGUGAUGAGGAAGAUGCUUUAAACAUCUCCUCGAUGUCCCUCCUCACUCCACUGGCAGAGACUGUGGCCGCUGUGGUAAACAGUCCAGAAAAAAGAAUGAUGACAUCCACUCCAGCCAACUCUUUCAUUAUGAAGAGCACAACUCCCGACGAUGUCGCCAUAGCCAAAAGCUUCCAGACCUCCUCAGAUGGAGAUGGUGCAAGUGUCUCAAGUGAGGACCACAAGCUUCCCUACAGUAUCGAUGCAUACAGGUCAACCAGGGUGAAGAACACCGAGAGGCCCAGUGUGAAGCAGGUUAUUGUGAGAAAAGAAGACGUUUCUAAGAGAGCCGAGGAGCCCCGAGCAUCCAGCCUGUUCAGUGUCAAACAGAAGAUAAAGAUUCUGACAAAUGAAAUCAACCUGCAGCAGACGGUUAUCUAUCAAGCCAGCCAGGCACUCAACUGCUGCACAGAUGAAGAACACGGGAAAGGCUCGCAGGUGGAGGCUGAGGCAGAGAGGCUGCUGCUGGUGGCAAGCGAAAAGAGAGAAGCACUGAAGGUGGAGCUGGACCAGCUGAAAGGAAAUCCAGGAGGAAGGAAAGAGGGGCCUGCAGCCCCGCAGCCAAUGGCCUCCAAAGGCUGCAUCACCCUGCAGGAGCUACGCCUGCCUCUCAAGGCAGUUGUCUGUUCCACUGCCAAUAAACCAGAGUCUACCAAACAUUCAUUUUUCAUCAUGAUCAGGGCGGGAGCAGAGAACAUUGUGGCCACGCCUUUAGCCACGACACACCGUGGCCUGAGUGGCGACACCCUCACCUUCCCCACCAAGUUCACUAUAUCUGACGUUGACAGUGGCUUUGACAUCAGUGUAGAAGUAUACUGUCUGGUGCAGAAACGGGAAAUCUGCAGUGACAAGAAGAAGAAAACCAACAAGUCGAAGGCUAUCACUCCAAAGAAGUUCCUUGCCAUCACUAAGACGACACAGACACCAGUUGUGGCCAGUCCUGGAGGCCCCAAUGCGGUUCGCACCAGUAACUUUGCUCUGAUUGGAGCAUACAAGCUCACCCUGGCUUCAAUUGGGAAGACCCAGUUUCCUUUGGAGAAGGUGCCAUUCCUGUGCCCUUUGGAGGGCCACAUCUACCUUAAGAUGCACUGUGAAGUGGGCUCAAAGGUGGAGGAAAGGGGCUUCCUGACGAUGUUUGAAGAUGUUAGUGGGUUUGGAGCUUGGCACAGACGAUGGUGCGUCCUGUCAGGAUACUGCAUCUCCUACUGGACUUACCCAGACGACGAAAAGAGAAAGAAUCCCAUUGGUCGCAUCAAUCUGUCCAACUGCACAAGUAAGGCAGUGGAGCCAGCCAGCAGAGAGUUCUGUGCCCGACCCAACACGUUUGAGCUCAUCACCAUCAGACCACGGAGAGACGAUGACAGAGAAACGCUUGUCAGCCAGUGCCAGAACACCACGUGUGUCACUAGAAAUUGGCUGAGUGCUGACACCAAGGAGGAGAGAAAUCUGUGGAUGAAGAAGCUGAACCAGAUUCUGGUGGACCUGCGGAUGUGGCAGCCAGAUGCCUGUAACAGACCGCUGCCCAACUAAUCCCUUUGUAUUCUUUGGACUGCUGAUGAUGCAUGGCUUACUAAGUGCAAUAUACUAUCAUACCAGUUGGAUAUUUGAGUAGGAUCAUUGAUCACAGGAGGUGAAAUAAACAUCCGACACAUGCUAGAACAGGUUUUUCUGCAUUGACGUGGGUGUUGGGUUUUUAUAUAUCUGAUGCAUAAGCCUGGUUUGAUGUGCUUUGGCUGAUGUUGCCACGUUUUUACGUUAAUGCUAAUAUUUAAUAUGCACAUGCUGCAUGGCUUUAAAACUUUUGGUUUCAGUGUUGAAAUUUGAAUGUGCGUGGUGUUCAAAUUCCUCUGUCUCUAAAUAUAUACGUGUGUGUGCGCGCGAGUGAGUGUGUAUAUGUGUCCAUGCUUUAUAACCCCCUCCCCAAAAAGUAUUAUGUUCAAUGGAGAUAACUGGGGAGCCGAUCUGUUACAUAUCCUGCUCUGAAGCCUGAGUCUGCAUAACCAGCAUGCUGGCCCAUGUCCCAGCUGCCUGUCUUACCCUACUGUGCAUGUCUGUGGAAGAGAGAACCAGGCAGGCACAGGUAGAACAUGUCAGCUCCACAAAGAGCUCCAGACAUCAGUGUGAUGCAGCAGUGUUUAACCACUGUGCUUCCAUGUUUCAGUUUUCUUAUUUUUAAUUAAAAUGUAAAGCUUCUGUCAGAUAUAACACAUGGCUCAUCUACACAAAGAAAUUGAGGGGGGGGGGGUUUAAUUUAGGUGACAGUUUUGACCCCUCAGCUGUAAAAGGCUGAUGAGAGCUUGUCACCCUGGCAGGUGGGCAGGCAGCAUGGACAUGCAUAUGAACACAGUGACGUAGGAGUUUAUACGAUCGGUAUAACUAGUGUAGUUUGAAUCGCAGCGACGUGGAGGGGGGAGGUUGAGGUCACUUCACUUGUGACAGUAACUUGAUGAUUUUAAAAUUGAUGCCACCCGUGUA